GCUGCAGUCGCCUCCAGCCGCGGCGCGGAGCGGAGCGCUGCGGUACAUGGCCCCGACGGGAGGUGCGUCGCCCGCACCCGGAGCCCGGCUCCCUGCCUGAGCGCGGCGGCCGCGCUUCGACUAGCCCGCCCUCGCCCCUCCGGCCGUCCGCACGCGGACAUGACCGCGUAGCCUCCUCCUGAGCUGGGACUUACUUGAAGAUUUUCUUCAUGGAAGCGAUGUCCCCCCAGCAGGAGACCCUAGGGGGACAGCCGCCCCGCUCCUCUUCCCUGACAGGAGUGUCUCGGCUCGCGGGAGGCCCGGGCACCAAGAAGAAAAUGAAAACACUAGCAGAAAGGAGGAGGAGUGCUCCAUCUCUUAUCCUGGAUAAAGCCCUCCAAAAACAGCCUAGUACCAGGGAAAGUCCCUCUGCUGGUGUUGACACCUGUGCGUUUCUGUCAUCAUUUGUGUGCUCCAGUAGGACUCUGCUGAUUGAUGGCCGGGUAGAACUCAAAAGAGGCCUGCAGAGGCAGGAGCGGCAUCUUUUCCUAUUCAAUGACCUGCUUCUUGUAGUCAAAAUCAAAUACAACAAUAACUUUAAGAUAAAAAAUAAAAUAAAAUUAACUGAUAUGUGGACAGCCAGCUGUGUGGAUGAAGUGGGAGAGGUCAACACCAGUGCUAUGAAAUCAUUUGUCUUGGGCUGGCCCACAGUGAACUUUGUGGCCACAUUCAGUUCUCCAGAACAAAAGGACAAAUGGCUCUCUCUCCUUCAGAGAUACAUCAAUCUAGAGAAAGAGAAGGACUACCCGAAGAGCAUUCCCCUCAAAAUCUUCGCCAAGGACAUUGGGAAUUGUGCCUAUUCUAAAACUAUAACAGUAAUGAAUUCAGAUACAGCAAAUGAAGUUAUCAACAUGUCAUUACGAAUGCUAGGGAUAACUGGUUCUGAGAGAGAUUACCAGUUAUGGGUCAAUUCUGGAAAAGAAGCAGCACCAUACCCACUCAUUGGGCACGAAUAUCCCUAUGGAAUUAAAAUGAACCAUCUUCGAGACACCGCACUUCUGACACAGGGAUCAAAGGACUCUGCCAGCCUUUCCAAUCUUCAGGAGCCCUUCCUCAUGGAACAGCUGCCCCGAGAGAUGCAGUGCCAGUUCAUCCUGAAGCCCAGCCGCCUGGCUGCCACCCAGCAUCUAAAUGAUUCGGGUCAGAAGACAGUUAGGAGGAGGAGAUCUAUCAUAAACUGGGCCUUCUGGCGUGGUUCUAGCACUCACCUGGACAACUUGCCAGUGUCUCCAACAUCUCCUAUACCAGGACAGCUCUUUGGAGUUUCUCUGCAAGAUAUUUGUGAAAAUGAUAAUCUGCCCAAGUCUGUCUUGGAUAUGCUUUUCUUUCUUAAUCAAAAAGGCCCCCUUACAAGGGGCAUCUUCAGACAGUCAGCCAAUGUGAAAUCCUGCAGAGAGCUAAAAGAGAAACUGAAUUCUGGAGUCGAAGUACACCUAGACUGUGAAUCUAUUUUUGUGAUAGCAUCUGUCUUAAAGGACUUUCUUCGAAAUAUUCCAGGAAGUAUUUUUUUAUCAGAUAUCUAUGAUCAGUGGGUCUGUUUAAUGGAUCAAGGAAAUGAUGAAGAGAAAAUAAAUACAAUUCAAAGACUAUUGGACCAGCUUCCGAGAGCCAAUAUCAUUCUCCUGAGAUAUCUGUUUGGGGUGUUAUACAACAUUGAGAAAAAUUCCUCUACCAAUCAGAUGAAUGCAUUUAACUUGGCAGUAUGUGUCACUCCAAGCCUUAUUUGGCCUCCUACUUCCUCCAGCCCAGAAUUAGAACAUGAAUUUACAAAGAAGGUUUCCCUGCUUAUACAAUUUCUGAUUGAAAAUUGCUGUAGGAUAUUUGGACAUGAAAUCACGUCUCUCUUUGGAGAGGUUUCAUUGAGAUGUGACACUAAAGAGAAUUCCUCAGACACCUCUUGUGUCCAAUUGAAUGACUCAUCCUAUGACAGCUUGGAAAAUGAGCUAAAUGAGGAUGUUGAUGCUCCAUGUAGUGACUUGGUAAAGAAACUCGGCCAGGGUAGCAGAAGCAUGGACUCUGUCUUAACUCUCAGUGACUAUGACAUUGACCAGCCUGAGGUGGAAGGUCUUUUAACCCUGAGUGAUUUUGACUUAGACCACUCUACAGAUCAAGACAUUCAUAUGAAACAGCCUCCAGGGUCCAAGCUGGUGAAUGUUUCAGUAAUGAACAGAAAGGCCUCCCUGGGGGAGCAUGCAGGGGCCUCAUCCAGCACAUGUACACCCAGCUACCUGUCCACAGCUGCAGCAGAUGUUCCAAAAAGCCUGCGGCGACACAGGCGCUGCUCAGAGCCCAGCAUCGACUAUCGGGAUUCUAAGGUUUCCUAUCUCAGGGAGUUUCACCAGAAAAAGCUACGCAAGUCCAGCUGUGAUGGAAUACUCUCCCAAAAAGAUAAGGACAGUCUGAAGCAAAAUCAGACCCUCACAAAAGAGGGUAAGAUACCUUUAGAACAGAAUUUAGUCACAGGUACUGAUAUCAGCAGGAAAAACACCACUAGUAAAAACAUUAAGAAGAAAAGCUUGUCAGGUAAUGAAGGAAAUCAUGUGAAACUUUUCACUAAUUCCAAGCCAGUGGCCAUUUCUGUAGCAUCUUAUAGUCAUAUGUCUCCCCAAGAUCAUUCCGGGAACCAACAUUCUGAUGCAAAUACAUCUGGAUACUCCCCAUCACACACAGCAGAUACACUCAAGAGUUCAAGGACACAUCGGCGCUGCUCAGAACCCAACAUAGAUGACCAGAACUGCAAACUGACCUAUCUCAGGGGGAUUUAUUCAAAGAAACAACAUAAAAUCAGCUGUGAAGCUGCUCUCUUGCAGGGAGAGGAGGAUUAUCUCAGACGGCAUAAGUCUUUGCAAAUGGAGGGGCAAAAACUUAUUAAUCAGAGUUUGGUCAUGGGGAUUGAAGUGAGCAAAAGUAGUGCCACCAACCAAAGCACUGAAAAAGUUUUACCCCCAAGAUUAAACCUGUGUCCAAGUACUAGCUCUUCCAGCUUAUCUUCCCCAAGCACUUCGCCAUCUGGCUCAUCUGUGAGCUCCCAGGACAGUGCUUUUUCUCAGAUUUCUGAACAUUCCAUGUUUACACCCACAGAAACUUCUUCUCCAAUAGAUUGCACUUUUCAGGCUCGGAAAAAAGAAGAAAACCUUUCCUCUAAUGUUAGCACUUCCAGCCUCUAUUCUAAAAUGCCUGGUCCCUCAGUAGGGCAGGCCAGUAGUCAUCUGGCUUACACAAAAAAGGACACUGUGGAGUGGCAUUUACAAAUGCAUUCUGGAACUCUUCACCCCAGCACGUGGUUAAAAAAUAGUGUGGCCAGUUUGAAAAACUGGUCUCUGAAGAAGAAAGCAAAAGUAGCCAGACCAGAGGAAAAGAAAAUAAAUUCUCUCAAAGGACCUUAUGCUUCUGAUGUUCCAAAAGCCAAUUCACUGCAGGAGUUUCAGAAAGACCUACCCCAAAGGGCAGCUGACGGACUUGGAGCCAUGCAGACAGCCCAGCUAUGUAGUUCUGCUUCCUGUCAGGACUCAGAGAAACACUGUAGCUCUCCAUUCAGCCUAGUGGAGAGCAGACUCAAGCUUUCCGUGAAGUCCUACAAGGGAGAAGAAACUGAAGGGCAGUGCUGUUCUGGUCCUCUGCGUUGGGAAAAAGCCUCAUCUAGCUCUGGGACUAUAAAUGAUGUGGCCAGCCCAGAUGGAGGGCCUACAGUGGUUUCUGAUGGUGAGGAUAAACCUUUAACCAAAGACAUUUAACCACAGUAAGAAUCUACUGUCUACAACAAUGGGAACUGGGCUGAUAACACAAAACCAAUAAUUUUGACCCCUUUUUAAAAUAAGAUACUUGGGAGAUGUAGCCUAAGGAUAAUCUUGCUCAUACUUAGGACAAAAACAUUCUCUUUACUGAGACUACUUCAUAAAGACUUUAUGUGAAAAAUAAUCACCUAAGUUUAGGAAGAUUUUGCUUAUUAAAGCAUGGGAUUGGUACUGCCCUGAGACUUUAGAGAUACUAGUAGAGGACUAGAGAGAGCAUCUUCCAUUGAAGAGGCUUGCUUAUGUCAACUGUCAGUGACAUCAGGGUCUUGAGAAGGCCACACUAUCAUAAAUGAAUCAGGAACAGAAAGGGGGGCACUACAGAGAAAUCACCCACAUUUAUUUCACGGAAUGCUUUUAGUAAUCAAGUGAGGAAAAUACCAUUAAUCAAAAUAUUUAAAAUGUGUAUAGUUAUGACGAAAAUCACGUAAAAACUUCCUGAAUCCAAGCCAACAGCCAUUUCUGUGGCAUCUUCUAGUCACAUAUCCUCCCAGGAUCAUUCUAGGAACUAGCACAUUGGUGUAGCUAAUGUACAGAAAAUGAGAAAGAUUCAAGAGUAUCAUUUUGGGACAAAACUAUGGAAAUUUUUCUGGAGGAAACCCCAAAGCCAGUGACCAGUGAUGUCAUGUCAGAGAUACCAUGACAUCAUAGUUCUUUUGUUGGUUGUGUUGCUUAAUUUGUUUUUUCUUUAGUGUUACUUUGAAAAGGCUCCAAGAAAUAGCUGUGAUAAGAAAGAAAGCAAUGUUCGCUCAUUUUAAUUCCCUUUUCAAAGGGUCCUAUGCUAGGAACAUGCUUUAGAAAUGCAACUUUUCUUAUUUAAAAGUGACCCAUUUCCAACACAUUUGCUAUCAGUGUAGAGGAAAAAAUUCCAACAGUCCAUUCUCAGUUACGUGAAUAGUGUUAUCAACAUGUGAUCAAAGCAUGGAAUCUCUUUGCUGAAAUAUUUCUCUAUAGCCCUCCCUCAGAUUAAAAGGUAUGAUUUUAAAAUGCAAUGAAUGAUUAAAUUUUUAAUUUUAUUACAGUAAGUGACUGUCAUUUAUCUCCCUCAAAGUACUCCUAUUCACUUUGGUACCAGGGAUCAAACCUGGGACUUUGCACUUGUGAGGCAGGUGGCAGCACCACUGAGCCAAAGCCCCAGCCCUCCUAUGCACUUGCAACACGCUUACCACAUCAUUGUUGCCACUUUCUGAAGUAAUUCUGUACAUCGUCUUUUGUGAAUGUCUUAGUUGCACUGUUGUACCUUAGUGUCCUGAAUCAAUUCAAAAUAUUGACCUUUCAUGGUCAUGUUGACUUUGGGAAAGAGCCAGAAGUUGCACAGUGCCAGACCUGGUAAAUAAAGUGUAUGGGGAGAACCUGUAAUAUAAGCUUGCUAUUUGUUUGGAUGGCACUCACAUGAUAUUUUUUAUCACAUGAAUUUCCAGAACUGCUUCAGAAAGUGACAAGAAUGAUGGGAUAAGCAUGUUGGAAGUGUAGGGGAGUUUUUUGAGGGGGAUUAAUGGCAAUAUGUCUUACUCUAAUGAAUUUUGAAAAUGUUCACUAUUUUAAUCGUACCUCAUACAGAGAGCCACAAAAAACUACUUAUAAGUCACCCUUUUUCUAAUUUUAUAAAUUGACAAUUGAGAGAGCAGAUUAGAGGUUGGUGGGUUACAAGGAGUCAAGAGUGCUCAACAAAGUAGUUGCCAGACCUCAGAUGAGUUACUGACUUUGGAUUUUCUUACUUCCAGAAAUGUUUCCCAAAUGACUCAUAGUUGAUAGAAUGUUUAGACCCCUUUAGUUUAUUUUAUAUACAUGGAUCUUUCUCCUCUCUCUUGCCUUAAAGGUUACAGUACAUCUCCUCACCUAGGAAUAAAUUCUCAGGCCUUGCCAACCAGUACAGAAGGAUAGCACUAAAAACAGAUGUUUAUCUUCAUUUAACUAUUCACUGGAAAGAAAUUGUUUAGAGCCAUGUGGUCUCUAUAGUCUACCAUCAAAUUGAUCUUUGUCCCACUGGCUUUUUUCAGAUUAUUUUUAUCAAUCAUCAAGAAGCUUAUAGCAGAUAUUCUUCCCUUGUCCUAAAGGUUUGGGGAUUAAAAAUUAAUGUUUUCUCUAACAAGUUAUUUCACUAUUAGCUGUAGGUGCUACCUACCUCUUGGAGACAUGGCCGUGUUUGCCCUAAUCACUAUAUUAACUUUUAGAAUUCUGUGUCCAAAAAACUCUAUGACACUGGCCAUCUCAGGCACAGAUGUGUGAUAAAAAGAUGUUAGUUCAUAACUACCCCUAUAUUUAGGCUUCUAAGUGUCCAUACACAUCUUUCGUGGUAUAAUACAUGAAGUCAGCAGGGACUCCCCUUACCCUGAGGGCAUACUACUGUCAGGACUGCAAGAUGUGAAUGAAGCUCUUAGGGCUUGGAGUAUACUUCUGGAAAAAAUUACUCAACUACUUGCAAAAAUAAUAGUUUAGCCUUUUUUCCUUUCAUAAUAACAGGUAGAAAAUCAUCCAACCCAGUUUGAAGCAUAGAAGAAAAUAGUUACUGUACUAAGGUUCUUUAAUAACCAUUCCCACUCCCUCUGUUCCCUUAGAUACUUCUAUAAUAAUGUGAAUAGUUUAAUAUUGCUGUAAAGUAUUAUAUUGUAUUAUUUGAAGACAGACUACAUGUCAUUUUAUUAUACUCCAUCAAUCUAUAAUAUAUUAGACCAAUGCUUUAUCUAAAAUGCUUUGAGUUUGUAUAAUAUAUCAGGACAAAUUUUAUUACCAUAUGUUAUGUAAUAAAUGUGUAUUUUUGUACUUGCAGAAACUGCUGCUAACUUUUAAAGUUGUUUCAUUUUCAAGGCACUGAUAAUGGAUAUGCAUGAAGUCCAUGCUGUCUGUUAAAUAAAAUACCAUUCUGCAGAGUUAACACUCA